CACCCCACACCCCCCCGGCUAAAAGAAUAAGUACAUAGGCCUUAUCAAGUCAGUUUCUACUAAAACAGCAUUUCUUUGUACACAGCCCUAUUCAUACAGGAUCAAUGUGGUUUUGCUUCCUCAGUAACAUUGGAAUAACAUUUAGCUGAAGUCUAGAGUAAAAAAUAGGUGGGUUUAUACCAAUACAUGCAAAAUGCUUUCAAAAAUUAUAAAACUAAUCUACGUUAUCUACUUUGUUUUAAUCAUGAGCACAAGAUGCACGUUACGUUCCCAUAAGAUGGGUACCAGAUUAGGUCAUGACAAUGACAAGAUACAGAAAUUACUUGAUAGAAACUGAACUGAGACUUUGAGCUUUUCAUGGCUAACUUUUGGUGAAGAGCUUUAUUUGUAUAGCAUGCAGGUAAAAGAUUUCUGAAUUCCCUAUUAGGCAUCUUGAGUAUAUCUCGCCACUAGUGUCUUUUUAUGGAUGAGGUCAUUAGAAGAGUGCAAAUGAGGCACAUCUUUGGAUUUCAGUAUUUUAAAAAAAAAAAAGUGGCUAUAAAUAUCCCUUUAGAGAAAAAUUUGCUUUAGUAGAGGAUUCCCAGAAGAAAUAAAUGGCCAUUCCAUUUCCCUUUUAGUUUAUAUAAGCCAAUUUAAGUUUUUCUGUCCUUACUAAAUCUUUUUUUACUUUCCCUGUAGAAGGAAUGGCUUUGUUUUAUUUCUCUCUACUCCAGCUAAUUGAGUGUGUUAAUUUUGGUUUUCCUUCUGCUUUUACUGAUUCUUGUUUUUAAAAAUGCAUGUCCUGGUAGCUGCUUUUUUUUUUUUUUUUUUUUUUUUUUUUUAGUGCCUGUCUUAAGAAAUGGUUUUGAAUGGAAGAGACUCCUAGGAUGGAGGGGAGUCAGUAAUGCUAAUUUCAAAGAGCUGCAGUCUUCAGUGUGGUGUUGCUUAGCAACCCAUCUUCCAGUUUUGCCUUUGGUGAAUAAAAGAGGAGAGUGAAGCUGCGGUUUCUAUUGAUUCAUUCAUUGAAACUAGAAAUCUAAGCAUCUUGUGACUAUAGCAACGUAAGCCAUAGGUGUCUCUUCCUCUCUUCUCUUGUCCCCCUUUCCCCUGCAGGUGCAGAAUGCCUAGAGUAUCUUCUUGAGGAUAUGCAAACAUUUUUGGUAACAGUGUACUAAAUACCUUUAAUUCUCUACUGUUCUGGUUUUUGGGGUUUUUUUUUUUGAUUUGUACCGAUACUGGAAGGAUGGUCUAGAAAGUCUCAUUAGGUAAAAUGAUUAGUAUGAUUAGCUAAAAUAACUAAACUAGCAAGACUCUUACAGAGAAACAGACUAGAAGUAAUUUGCAGUUUUUUCCCAUUUUCGGACUGGGUUUCACUAUUGCAAGUCAUUUCUCAAAUGCGGCUACAGCAGUUUUCAGAAAGGCUCAUAAAUCAGGCAACUCUGGUUCAGUAACCUAGACCUUAAUGUUAGCCAUUAGAUGAGUAGCUUUAUAAACAUAAUAGUUUAAACAGUUUAUAGUUAGAGAAUUUCUUGAAAAUUUUCUGAACUAAUUAUCUUUGAAAGUGGCACUGGAGACAUUUCAGGGGUCUUUCGAUAGCGGAGGUAGAUUCUGGCUCUUUGGAAGUUCACCAUAAAGAACUCAUUAGUGUUCCCUAUACAAUUUAUAAACAGGAAAAAUUAGGAAAAGAAAUUAAGGGAAAAUUUCACUAGCAAGUACUUCUCCAUCAGCUUGUGACUAUGCUACUUUUAAAAUAAGAUCACUAUUUGGUCAGUUUAGGCAUCUUACAACUGUGAUUUUGAUUUCUGGCUUCAGUCACACUGUGGGUUUACCUCUUGCUUCAUCUUUCAGUGAACUCAGAAAGUAACCUGCCUUAAUGUUUAGAAUCAGGCCAUUACUGCAAAAAUCACAUGCUUUUAUGUCUGCUAAAACUUGGUUUGGUAGUUAUAGGACAUGGUGCUUGCUAAAAGGAGUCGGUAUGCCUGUUAUUGCAGGCUUUAUUCUAGAAAACAGCUUUUAAAAUGUUCACACUAGAAAUUUGGCUCCUGUGAAUUUUGUGCUAUGAGAAGUUGAAUGUUGGCUAUGCAUGCUCAGGUGACUUAGUACUUGCUACAGUUCAGUCCUCAACUUUCAAAGGCAUGAAGAAGGAUUUUAACGUGCUAGAAACACCAGAACAUGUUAAUUGUGAUUAAUUCUGGUCUAAAUCUUCACUAAGUGUCCAUGGGGAAGAUGAAUUCCAUCAUAAAAUACUGUAUUAACAUUUUUUUCACUGCUGUAGAAUCAGCAUUAAUGACUGCCAACUCACCUCAUAUUUGCUGAGCAAAUUUAGCUACCUCCUGUUUGACAAGCCGAAAGAAAUCAACUCUGAAGGGCUGGGCUGAGAACUGUAAUUGUGCUACUUUUAUUUGAAAGAGGAAAGAAAAGGUGUCCCUAUACUAUAUUAAGGGAAGUUAGAAGCAAACUUUGGGGGAUUAUUACUUUUUUUUCUCCCCAAAAUGAAACCAUGCUUUUUUAUUAAAAAAAAAAAACAACAGUUAUAUCUAUCCCUGUGGGAAACUUUGCCUUGUAAAGGAAGGGAACUCAGUGUGAUAUCUUUUCUCUCAAACUCUGAUCUCACCUCUAAGGGAUUUUGUGUUCUGUUUCCCAGCAACGUGAACCGGGGGUGGUUGGUCAACCCCAUCCUAUGCAACAUAACGCAUAGGUAAUUGAAGAAAAAAAAUCACAGUACCCUGCGGUGCUGCUUAAAAUGCAGUCUGUAACUUGUAUCUUAAAGCACGCAUAGACGGCCGUGCCCCGCUGCGGUGCGCAUUAUGUAAUUGUCUAAAUAUGACAUUGUUCCCCGGGUGCAGAAGGCGCGGAGGGAUGAGUGGGGCGUUCUGGCGCUCCUCCCGCGGCAGCCUGCGGGCGGUGCUGCCGCCGCGGACCCCUGUCCCCUCACGCCCCCGCCGCCGGGGGUCGUCCGUUGGUCCGUUUCUCCCUCCGUCCGUCCACCGGCCAGGGCUUGCUCCCCAGCGCGGGGCCCCGGGCGGCGCGCGCACCCUCACAGGCAGCCUUCCCCCCCCACCUCAGGGCCCCCGCAGCCCGCUGGCUGCAGCCUCCGCCUCGCGCACCUGGGCGCCAGGUGAGGGCGGGGCAGUGCGCAGGCGCAGGGCCGGCCGCCCGCGCGCACCUGGCGGCCGCUGAGCGGAAGCCGCGGCAGCCCGGCGGGGGGCGCCGGGCUCCCCCUGUGCCUGCGGCCGCUUGCGCGGGCAACGCCUUCCUCUUCCUCCCGCCGGACGAGGUGUUAUAAUUUCAAGAAAUGCUGUGACCUAUUUGAAGAUCAUCAUCCACAGAAACUUUUGUCUUGUGAUAAUUUUUUUAAACUAGAAUGGCUUUGAAAAAAACACCUAAACUAUUUAAGAAAUUAUUUUUUCACUGGAAACUUUGGAAAUUUAGCAUUAUUGUGUUUGUGUUUCUGGUAUUUUUAUUUUUAUUGCAAAGAGAAGUGGGUGUUCAAGACUUCAAAGAUGAAGCAGGGAUUAAGCCAGUUGUUGGAAAGAAAAGCCAUGUAUUAGGUUUCAUGUUAAAUGCUAUGAAUAAUAUCAAAGGGGCAAAGCCAAAAAUGCAGAUAAAAGCACCCGUUAGGCAAACUAAGAUUCCUGGAGAGAGACACUGUUUGCCAGGACACUAUACUGCAGUGGAACUAAAACCUUUUCUCGAUCGACCCCUUCAAGAUCCUAAUGCUCCUGGAGCUUCUGGUAAAGCAUUUAAAACUAUCAACUUAAAUUCAGAAGAACAGAAAGAAAAACAGCAUGGAGAAGAAAAACACUGUUUUAAUGCAUUUGCAAGUGAUAGGAUUUCUUUACACCGAGAUCUUGGACCAGACACCCGACCUCCUGAAUGUAUUGAACAAAGGUUUAAACGCUGCCCGCCAUUGCCAACCACAAGUAUUAUAAUAGUUUUUCAUAAUGAAGCAUGGUCCACUCUGCUCAGGACUGUUCACAGCGUGAUGUAUACAUCUCCUGCCAUACUGCUAAAGGAGAUUAUUUUGGUGGAUGAUGCCAGUGUAGAUGAAUACUUGCAUGAUAAACUAGAUGAAUACGUGAAACAAUUUCAAAUAGUUAAAGUAGUCCGUCAAAAGGAAAGAAAAGGUCUAAUCACUGCACGGUUGUUGGGAGCUUCAGUAGCAACAGGAGAGACCCUUACCUUUCUGGAUGCUCAUUGUGAAUGCUUUUAUGGCUGGUUAGAGCCAUUAUUGGCAAGAAUAGCUGAGAACCCUGUUGCUGUUGUAAGCCCUGAUAUUGCUUCCAUAGAUCUCAAUACUUUUGAAUUCAGUAAACCAUCUCCUUAUGGGCAUAACCACAACAGAGGCAAUUUUGAUUGGAGUUUGUCAUUUGGAUGGGAGUCUCUUCCUAAACAUGAAAAUAAAAGAAGAAAAGAUGAAACCUAUCCAAUUAGAACACCUACUUUUGCUGGAGGUCUCUUUUCAAUAUCAAAAGAUUACUUCGAACACAUUGGAAGCUAUGAUGAAGAAAUGGAAAUAUGGGGAGGUGAAAAUAUAGAAAUGUCUUUCAGAGUAUGGCAAUGUGGUGGACAGUUGGAGAUCAUGCCUUGCUCUGUUGUUGGCCAUGUCUUUCGCAGCAAGAGUCCUCACACUUUCCCAAAAGGUACUCAAGUGAUCACGCGUAAUCAAGUCCGCCUUGCAGAAGUCUGGAUGGAUGAAUAUAAAGAAAUUUUUUACCGAAGAAACACUGAGGCAGCAAAAAUUGUGAAACAAAAGACAUUUGGGGACAUCUCAAAGAGACUUGAUUUAAGGCAGCGCCUGCAGUGUAAAAAUUUUACCUGGUAUCUCCAUAAUGUUUAUCCAGAAGCAUAUGUGCCAGACCUGAAUCCUUUGUUUUCUGGAUAUUUAAAAAACAUAGGUAACCAAAUGUGUCUGGAUGUUGGUGAAAAUAACCACGGCGGCAAACCACUGAUUAUGUAUUCUUGUCAUGGACUUGGAGGAAAUCAGUACUUUGAAUAUUCUGCACACCAUGAAAUUCGACAUAACAUUCAGAAGGAGCUUUGUCUGCAUGCUUCUAAAGGACCUGUGCAGCUUCGCGAAUGUAACUACAAAGGCCAGAAAACCUUUGCCGUUGGAGAAGAGCAAUGGCUGCAUCAAAAGGAUGAAACUCUGUACAAUGCAGCACUACAUAUGUGCCUUACUGGAAAUGGAGAACAUCCGAGUUUGGCAUCUUGUAAUCCAUCAGACCCCUUCCAGAAGUGGAUCUUUGGCCAGAACAAUUAAGAUUUUAUAUUUAUAGGCCAGGAGCAUUUUAUUAAAAGAAAAGAUCCAUUCUAAAUUAUGAUCAUUUAUGUAUACUGCAUUUUUAAGUGAUGCAUACUUUAAAUGCAAAAUGUUUAAACAGUUUCUUUUCCCUCUUAUUUAAGUUGAAUAUAUAAAUAUAAAAUGUGUCAUCAGAGAUUCCCUAGGAGUCUAUUAUACCAAAGAUGGUUGAGGCCUCAAUUAAGAAAAAUGUUUACAAUGUUUCUGUGGUAAGACGUUAUAUGUUGACCGCUGAUUCAUGGAUUCUAUAGUCCCCCUUCACCUUGGGGACCAUAUGUAUAUUGUUUUUCCACAAAUUGUAAGUACUUCUGAAGACGACUAGUUUUCUCUGUAGAGUUUCAAGAAAUCAUUGUAUACUCUCUGAAAACCAAGAUGCUUUAUAUGUAUAUUUUUAUGCUCAAUUGGUUGACUACUUUUUUUGGUUUUAAUCAUUUCAUUUACUCAGUGAACUUUUCUCAGUAUUUUUUAAGUUCCUUCACUUGAAAAAUUAAAUAUAUGUUCUUCUGGUUAAAGCCAAAUAGGCUACCACACUAUGCUCAGCUUUUAGCAUGUCAAUUCUUCUUUUGUAGAAGAAAAAAAAUAAUUCUCACUGAAAUAUGUAUGUGUGAUUAUUUUCAUGGAAAAUCUGCUUAUUCUGAUAUUAGUCUCUUUUUAGCUAAAACUUUAUAGGUUUUUUAUAUUUCAUGAACUUUAAAAUUUAUGACAAAGUUGUAAUAGAUUUUUGAGCUGCUGAACAUUAGCACAUUUUUUCAGAAUUUUGUUCAUUAUUGCUUUUAAAUUACAUGUUAUCUACUAAACCCACCUUUUUUCCUGUCUUUUAGAGAUUUACACAAUGCUUACCAAACAGGUUUCUAAUACUAUCUGUACAUAAUCUCCUGUGCAAACACUUGCCCGUUGGUUUGGGUUUUUUUCUUGUUGUUGCUGUUUCCCCUUUUACAAAGGACUGACCUCAAUUUUGUCUGUCCAAAUGAGACCUUCCUUACUAUUCUGCUAGCUCUUUUAAUGAAAUAUUGUAUUCUUGUAAACAUCCACAAGUAUAUUUCAAUAGAUCGUGUAGAACUAUGACUUCAUAAAUAGUCUUCCUUUGAUUAAGUAUUUAAAAAUACAUGUCAUAGAAUAGUUUGGGUUGGAAGGGACCUUUAGAGGUCAUCUAGUCCAAUCCCCCUGCAGUGAGCAGGGACAUCUUCAACUAGAUCAGGUUGCUCAGGACCCUGUCCAACCUGACCUUGAAUGUUUCCAGGGAUAGGACAUCUACCAACUCUCUGGGCAACCUGUUCCAGUGUUUCACCACCCUCAUCAUGUAAAAUUUCUUCCUUAUAUCUAGUCUAAAUCUGCCAUCUUUUAGUUUAAAACCAUUACCGCUUGCCCUAUCACAGCAGGCCCUAUGAAAAAUUCUGUCCCCAUCUUUCUUUAUGUACUUCAAGUACUGCAAGGCUGCAAUAAGGUCUCCCCCACAGCCUUCUCUUCUCCAGGCUGAACAACCCCAACUCUUUCAGCCUGUCUUCUUACGGGAGGUGUUCAAACCCUUGGAUCAUUUUUGUGGCCCUCCUCUGGACCUACUCCAAUGAUUCCAUAUAUCCUUCCUGUGCUGAGGACCCCAGAGCUGGAUGCCGUACUCCAGGUGGGGUCUGACCAGAGUAGAGUAGAGGGGCAGAAUCACUUCCCUUGACCUGCUGGCCAUGCUUCUUUUUUUGUAGCCAAGCAUACUGUUGGCUUUUUCUCCGGUUAUUUUACUGGGUGUACAGUUGUUAACACCCUCCAGUUAGUCUUCCAUCGCAAUCACCAAUCAUGCCCAUUUUCUGACUUGUGGUUAUUUCAGGCCUUCUUUAGUGAGGGUAGCUCUUCUGCACAAGAAAUACCCUCUUCAGGAUCAGAGAUUUACACUUACUUGAAGAUGUCUACUUCAGGGUAUGAAUAUGAGAUAAAUGAUCCCACCCUUAAAGCAUCAAAGGUCACAUUAAAUUGCACUUUAAUAAGGUAAACUAUUUCAUAAUAAAAUUUUAUAUUCUGAUUUUGACAAGACUUAAUUGGUUUAUGAAAAUUAUGGGGGUUUAAAAAUAACUGUGUUAUGGGAGGAAAAUGGCCAUGAAAAUAAAAUAAUAAACUUCUAGGAAGGGAAGGAAGCAGCAGACUAAAGACAAGGAAAAUACUUAGUGUUGUCUGAAAGUGCCAGUAUUGUUAUUAAGUAGGGGUGGAAAACAUCAAAGGUAAAAAGGUACUUAGACUUUGCAGGUUGUGAAAAGAAUUGUGUUGAACGUCUAUUUAAAUGGAAGAAAAUAUGCAUUUUCUAGAUUUCUAGAUGCUGC